CUGUUCCCACCGGUCCCUCUCUCCUUUCGUUUCCUUGUCCCAGUACCAGCCUUCCCCGCAGACACGUCCCGAGGCUUUCCCGGAAACCGUGGCGGAGCCGCAGAAUAAAAGUCUGUGAGUCACGGUCACGGCGGAUUCUUUGCCACCCGAGCUGCAGCCCGAGCUGCAUCCCGAUGAGCCGCCGCAUUUUCUCCGUUCUCGCUCUGCCUGUAGGGGUGUCCGUGGCCGCUGCCGCCUCAGGCUUCCAGCUCCUCUGCCAGGAAGGUAAGCACCCUGGGGAGAAAAAGGCCAGUGAGAAAGAGGAAAAGGCAACCAAAAGCAGGAGCUGGCUGGGGAAAGGCACAAGGGAUAUCAAGACAUGCAACCUGACCGGCUGGUGGAAGAAUGAUCUGGGCUCCAAGAUGCAAGUGUUCAACGUUGACAAUGACGGAACCUUCUUUGGCGAGUACCACACCGCUGUGUCAAGUGCCAAGAAACCCAUCCAGCCAUCCCCACUGAUUGGCUCCCAGCACCUGGAUGAGGAUGGAAAGUGCACUUUUGGCUUCACUGUCAACUGGAAGAAGUUCUCAGACUCCACAGCUGUCUUUGUGGGCCAGUGCUUCAAUGGGGAUGAUGGGAAGGAGGUCCUGCACACCUCCUGGUUGCUGCGGGAGAAAGUUGACUUGGAGCCAGAUGACUGGAGAGCCACCAGGACCGGCCGGAACACCUUCACUCGAAUGGGCUGAAAGGGGGAGAAGCAUCUUAUUCUGGCAACACUUGGGAGAUAGGAGUCCUUUGAGCAGGAUCGGUGUGUACCAGCAUGCCCUGAUGUUUCCAGGUCUGGAGGAUGAAGUCUCAAAAAACACCAAAUAAAUUUAAAUGUAUUUAA